AUGUACACUACGGUUAUUGACAAUAUGUGCAAAGAUACAUUUGUUAAUGAUGCUUUUGAUUUAUAUUAUGAAAUGGUUGCUAGCGGAAUUUCUCCUAAUGUUGUCACUUAUACUGCUUUAAUUGAUGGUUUUUGCGUUGUUGGUAAAUUGGAAGAAGCGUUGGGUUUGUUUAAAAAAAUGAUAUCGGAAAACAUUAACCCGAAUGUGUAUACUUUUAAUGGAUUGGUAGAUGCCUUUUGUAAGGAAGGAAAGAUAGAAGAAGCUAAAAAUGUGCUCAAUACGAUGAUGGAAAAAGAUUUAAAAUCCGAUGUUGUUGCUUAUAGCUCUUUAAUGAAUGGAUAUUGCCUUGUUAAUGAAGUGUUCAAGGCCCAAAGUAUAUUCAAAACUAUGGCUGAAAGGGAAUUGUCUUAUGACGUUCGUAGCUACAAUAUCAUGAUUAAUGAAUUUUGUAAAAUGAAAAUGGUGGAUGAAGCCAUCAAACUCUUUGAAGAAAUGCCUCUCAAACAAAUAUUUCCUGACGUGGUAACUUACCAUACCCUUAUUGAUGGUUUGUGCAAAUCCGGGAGAUUAUCAUAUGCUAUGGAACUUGUUGAUGAAAUGGAUGAUAGAGGUGAACCACCUAAUAUAAUUACUUAUUGUCCUAUAGUGGAUGUUUUAUGCAAAAACCAUGAUGGUGUUCUAAGUUCUGGAAAAUCUUUACCGUCUUGUGGUUUAUCAUUCUCUAAUAAAGCAUUUUCUAGUUCUUCUAAACUUUCGUUAUUCCUAAAUGUUAUUGAGCCAAAGGAACUCGGUACAAAGGCCAUAGAAUCUGCUUCACUAUUGGUCCUUGCACUAGCUUUCACACCAGCAGAAUGUUGA